AUGAAGUUCCUCACUCUCCUCAGCGCCGCCGGCCUGGCCGCCGCUCUGCCCGCCGCAUCCCCCCCGACCGAGCAGAACAACGCCGCGCAGAUCGAAGCCCGCCAGCUCUCCUCGACGCGCAACGAUCUCGUGAACGGCAACUCCGCCAACUGCCCCAGCGUCAUCUUCAUCUUUGCCCGCGCCUCCGGCGAGCCCGGCAACAUGCGCCGGGCUAGCUCGAGAACUUCCUCCCCGCGGGCACGUCGCGGGGCGCCAUCGACGAAGCCAAGCGCAUGUUCACGAUGGCCAACACCAAGUGUCCCCAACGCGGCAGUGGUCGCGGGCGGCUACAGCCAGGGCACGGCCGUCAUGUCCAACUCGCUGAGCGAGCUGAGCGGCGCGGUGCAGGACCAGGUGAAGGGGGUGGUGCUGUUCGGGUAUACCAAGAAUUUGCAGAACGUGGGCAGGAUUCCGAAUUACCCCCGCGACCGCACCGAGGUGUACUGUAAUGUGUCGGAUGCGGUGUGCUGGGGCACGCUGUUUAUUGCGCCGGCGCACUUUUUGUAUACCACGGAUUCGUCGAUUGCGGGCGCCGCGGUUCUUGAAGGGGCGGAUUGGGGCUUGAGUGAGUUGGGGGUUUGGGGGGAUGGGGAGUGGGAGGGGACUUGGAGGGAGGCCCGGGGGCGGAGGUGGUCCGGAGGCUGGGACUCGGCCGCAGUUGAGGGGGGAUGGGGGUUGCGGACUGCGCUGAGCAGGUCAUGA